AUGGGAGGAAGUUCAUCUCCUUGUGCUUCAUGCAAAUUAUUAAGGCGUAGAUGUACAAAAGAUUGUAUAUUUGCUCCAUAUUUUCCACCAAAUGAACCUCACAAAUUUGCCAUUGUUCACAAAGUCUUUGGUGCUAGCAAUAUUAGCAAGAUGUUGCAGGAAUUACCUAUACAACAGAGAGCAGAUGCAGUAAACAGUUUAGUAUAUGAAGCAAAUGCAAGAAUGAGAGAUCCGGUUUAUGGUUGUGUUGGUGCAAUUUCUUUUUUACAAAAUCAAAUUUCACAAUUAGAAAUGCAACUUGCUAUGGCCCAAGCAGAAAUAUUAUGCAUCCAAAUGCAGAAU